AUGAGGAUCAACACUAGUCAAGUCUUUUCAAAGUGGCUACUAGAUAAGAGUUUCUAUCCCUACAAUGAGUUAAGGGCCACCAGGUACAGCUUUGAGUGCAGGUAUGUUUUGCUGGAAGCAGGAGAGGUCCAGCAUCCCAGUUUCAGGUCAUUGAAAUGUGUGGCAGUGAGUAGCUUUGACCCUCCCAGCCUGGAACAACUCAUCAUGAGUGGAAAUGCCAAGCCCAUGACUCCUGAUAUGAGUUGCAUCCUUGACAGCUUGGAAUCUUGGGGAUACUUCCAUAACAUUGAGUGGUACAGUAUUGUUCUUGACAUGGUAGCCACCAUGUUUGAAGAGGACAAACCUACAAGCAAGGAGAAGAUGUAUAAGCAAUGCAUUUACUGGAGAGUUAGAGAGAAGGCUCAUGAGACUUAUGAGUAUGAAUCCCUUCGCCAUGAUGCAGUGUUGACUUACUGGUCUGACUGGUUUGACAGGACCUACCCAAUUGUCAAAGUCUCCUUCAGGGUAAUGACACUGAUGAGUGAGGAUUUUGUUAGUGACAUCAUUACUUAUGUUCAGACAAGAGGAAUUGUUCCUUACCCUUCCAACAUGGAUGGACCUGACUCCAUCACUAGUUCUGAAGAUUGA